UUACAAAAAAAAAAAGUGCCUGUGCUCCACUACCGUGAAAAAGUCCACCGAUCUGUCCUGCCUUGAUCUCUCUGACUGAAUGUGUACUGCAUAAAAGUUGUGCUCAACAUCGCCGUACGCAACAGACUAUUCACAAUGAGUGCGCCCCCAGUCCCGGAAGGAGACGAGCUCCAGUACUAUAAAGCUCAAAACACCCAGCUUUGGAAAGUUAUCACUAAGCAAAAGUCUGUCAUUCACAAAUUGCAAAAGGAAACCACUAGACUACUAGCAGAAAAAGAUGAGCUGAUUCAGAAACUGGAAGCUCGCGGAUCUCAACACAAACAAGAAGAACCACCAAGACCACUUGCACAAAGCCCUGAACCUCUACCAGUGACCAUUAGCACAAGCCCCACACCCUCUGGUCACCUAGGAGAACCUUCAGCCGCAGUUCCAAAUGAGAGCCCGGUACCACCACCAAGAUCGCCUUAUAGACAAAAUUCUGCAAAAGACAUGCCCACGAAAGACGUGCCACGAAAUGAACCUCCCAUACCAAAACCUAUGGCAGCCACCAUGACGAGUGAAGUGCGAGUAGAGGAACGAAAGCCCGCACCAGAACCUAUCAUCUUGCCCAAUUCGCCUCCCUCGCCUGUACCAGACGUCCUUUCUCCUAGAAAAGCCAUCAUAGACAAGGAUGCUCAGCUGUUCGCCGAAUUUAACGCAAGCCUCAUGAAACGUGAGCGCCAAAAACCUAAUACAGCUUUGAUAAAUGCGACCUUUCCCAGAGAUUACCAAAAGGAGGCCGAACAAUUGCGACAGGAAGCUCUGAAAAAAACAGGUACUCCCACUGACGAGGAAUCUGAGCAACCCUCUAUGGCGACUGCAACGGCAAUGAAUGGCCAUAUGUUAACAGAAUCACCAACGCCACAAACAAGCUCCUUUGAGAUUUCUGUAAAUUCUUAUUCACCACCUGAAUCGGGUUCAAAUUUAAAGCAGCCUGAACCGUCGUCAUUUGAUCCUAGCGGAAUGAGUAAUGAAACUCUAGCUAGUUUGUCCAUCAAGGUGAUCGCCUCGAAGAUCAAGGCAAAUGAAAAAGACAGAGAGGUCUUAUGCUUCCACAUAUCUGUUGGUAGAAUGCUAAAGCCGCCGUCCACGGACAGCGAUUGUUCUGAUUUGCAAUUUGAGGAACUUUGGAGAGUGGAGAAGUUGUAUUCCGAUUUCAUCAAUCUGGACGCAAGGAUGCGGGCUGGAGCUUUGAAUGAAAAGCAGAGGCCCUCUGUCAAAUUUCCGGAAAAGUCUCUCUUUAAUACAUUAUCACCAACCAAAGUGGACCAACGAAAGAUUGCUUUAGAGCGAUACCUUCAGCAACUCAUUUUAAACCCUUUGGAACACAUUUCAGAUAUUUGCGAAUUUCUGAGCACAGAUGUCGUUCAACAUGUAGCCUCAGAUUCUCUGGGAUACAAGGAAGGGUACCUAACGAAACGAGGCAAGAAUUUUGGAGGUUGGAAACGUCGUUAUUUUGUUAUUCAAAACCACUGCCUAUUUUAUUAUGAUAAUAAAAAUGGAAAUCAGUUGGGCGUGAUACACCUUAAACAUGCAAAAAUUGGAAGACAAGCUCCCCAAACCGCUUCGGAUGCCAAAGACAGCAAAAUGUUUCGUCAUGCAUUUCUGGUACUGGAACACAAAAAGUCUGGAUCAAGCGUGUUGGCUCGUCAUAUUCUUUGUGCAGAAUCUGAUUUUGAGCGCGAUGAAUGGAUCGAUGCUUUGAUAUACCACGUCAAUGCCCAAGAUGAAGAACCUAGUCUGGAACCCAGCACCCCAACCACCCCUCAAGCAAAGGACAAUAAUACAGUGCUAGGCAAAUUUAAAAAGCUAAGGAAACCCGACAAGCGCCACAAAAGCACAUAUGACUUUAACAACGACUCUGUACCUGUCAGUCGCAAAACGUUUGAGAUUUCUGGCUCAGAAGACACUCGCUUUUCAGACUCCACAUUUGCUAUCAAGCAACAGCGGUCCAACUCCGACCCCGCCAUUACACCCAUCAUACGUCCUUCUCCUCGAGAACGUACACCGCUGCGGCCAUCCAAGUCUCGUUUGAACUCGAACGAUGAAGUUGUCUCUAACGAUUCAGGAUUUGACACAAAUGACACCCUCGCUAAUGACUCCUCUGCAGCCAGGAGCUCUGUCAUUUCUCUAAAGAAUGGACAAGGCGAUUCAGAGCACCAAAUUUGGAGCCCAGACGAGAAUACAUCCGGUCCCAUCAAUGCCGAAAAAGAAAAUCUCUCGCCACCUACUACGUCAACUUCCAGUUCUCGCCAGAUUCGUGCUGCUAGACGACUAACUGGAAAAUUGACAGGAUGGGGAAAGAAGACAGUACAUACCCCUGAUGACCCUGAAGGCCAAGAGCCUUCACUACCAACACCUGAGGAUUUUAAGGAGCCGGUUUACCGGCUGCAAUUCGCAAUUCCAUUGCAACUGGCCAUCGACGUGACGAGAUCGACUAUUCCAAUCGAGCUUCCAGCUGUGGUGUAUCGAUGCAUUGAAUAUUUAGACGCAAAAAAUGCCGUGAUGGAAGAAGGCAUUUACCGACAAAGUGGUAGUACCGCCGUGAUCAAUGAGCUGCGUGAAAGAUUUGACAAAGAGGGUGACUACAAUAUUUUAGAGAGUGGUAUCUACUACGAUGUACAUGCUGUGGCAGGAUUGUUGAAAAUGUGGUUACGAGAGCUGCCGACCGAGGUACUCACCACGGAGCUGCACGAUGACUUUCUUGGUGUCAUAGAUUUGAUGGAUCCUGCAGAACGGCUUUCAGAACUUGGUCGUCUCAUCUCUUCAUUACCAGUCGCUCACUACACUUUGUUACGAGCGCUGAGCGCCCAUAUACUACAAGUUGUGCAAAACGCCUCAGUGAAUAAGAUGUCGAUAUUGAAUAUCGGUAUCGUAUUCGCUUUAACCUUGGGUAUCCCUGGUAGCAUCUUGAAUAUGUUGCUUACUGAAUUUGACUAUGUAUUUUGGACAAGUGAUGAAAUUGCCCGCCAAGAUGGUGAUGGCCACCAACCGAGCCAGGAAGGUCCAGGUUAUGAUCAUAGUCGUGAAGCCCGUGAUCUUGAAGAAUCAGACGUUGACGACGAACUGGGAGAGCAAGAAGAUGAGCCAGAAAAGGAACCAGAACGGCCAAAGCAAGAAAAAAUUAUGUUUGGCAAAAAUUUGCUCACCGUCAUUCAAGGCGAUGGCUAUCGUAAUAACCGUAAUAGCAUGAUUUUCUCAAGUGGAGCCCCUAAUGCGAUUAAGCACAUUGAGAAAAAUCUGGAAACUACACAACCAAUGCUCCUUUCAGACGAAGAUGAUGAGGAUGACUCUAAUUCUGUAUAUUCAAACGAUAGUGCACCCUGAUACACUACAGAUAUCCUAAUAAAAAUAAUGCCCGGUGUA